AUGGAGGAAUGGUUCAGCUUGUGCUUCAUAGCACUAUGCACGCCGCUUGCCCUUUGGCUUCUCAAGCUCGCCGGCAGCAAGAAAGAGCCACAGAAGCACCAUCUGCCGCCGCCAGGGCCAUGGACUCUCCCGAUCAUCGGCAGCCUCCACCACGUCGCCAGCGCCCUCCCUCACCGCAGGAUGAUGGACCUGUCUCGCCGGCACGGCCCACUGAUGCACCUCAUGCUAGGCGAGGUCCCCACCGUGAUCGUCUCCGGCGCCGAGGCGGCGGCGCUGGUGAUGAAGACCAACGACCUCGCCUUCGCGGGCCGGCCGCAGAGCGCGACGUCCGACAUCUUCGGCUGCGGCGGCAAGAACAUCGGCUUCGCCCCCUACGGCGAGCACUGGCGCCAGAUGCGCAAGGUGUGCAUCGUGGAGCUCCUCAGCUCCAGGCAGGUGAAGCGCAUAGAGAGCAUCAGGGCGGAGGAGGUGGGCAACCUCCUCCGCUCCAUCGCCGCCAUGGAUGGCGCCACCGUCAACGUCAGCGAGAAGAUGACGGAGCUGAGCAACGACAUCGUGACGAGGGCGGUCUUCGGAGGCAAGUUCACGCAGCAGGAAGAGUACCUCCGCGAGCUGGAUGAGGCGUUUGCGCUGGUGAGCGGCUUCUCCCCCGUCGACCUUUUCCCGUCGUCGCGGCUAGUCCGGUGGCUCAGCAACGACGAGCGCCGCAUGAGGAGGUGCCACGGCCACAUCCAACGCAUCAUCGCCAACGUCAUAGACGGGCGCAAGGCCGGGCGAGCCGCCGCCGGAGUUGGUGAUCUGCUGGAUGUGUUGCUCAGGCUGCAACAGGAGGACUCGUUGGAAUUCCCUCUAACCACCGAGAUCAUAGGCGCCGUGUUGUUUGAUUGUGCUUUCCACGGCCUUGGUUUACAGGACAUAUUUGCAGGUGCCACGGCGACCAUAGGAACCACCUUGACGUGGGCUAUGUCGGAGCUUGUGCGCAGGCCUGAAACUAUGGCCAGGGCACAACAAGAAGUCCGAGAGGUUCUUGGCCAAGACCGGGCUGUCAUUACCAAUAACGACCUCGCUAAACUCGACUACACGCAGAUGGUCAUCAAGGAAACCCUCAGGUUCCAUCCGCCUGCCUCUCUAAUUCCCCGCGCGUCCAUAGAGGAUUGUACUAUCAUGGGUUAUGACAUCCCCAAAGGCACCAAUGUAUACGUUAAUGUCUUCGCGAUUUCUCGAGAUCCUGCAUACUGGAACAAUCCUGGCGAGUUUAUGCCAGAGAGGUUUGAGAACAGCAACACAAAUUACAAUGGCUCCUACUUUGAAUUCACUCCCUUCGGCGCAGGGCGGCGGCAAUGCCCCGGGAUUCAGUUUAGCUCGUCAGUCAUGGAGAUGACAUUAACAAAUAUUCUCUAUCACUUCAACUGGAAGCUUCCUGAUGGUGCUAGCCCGGUUUCGCUUGACAUGUCCGAGAAAUUUGGGCUUGCAGUAAGCAGAAAGUAUGACCUGAAACUUGAAGCUACUCCACACGUGUGGUUCAAAGCUAUGCGGUCGAAGUCAUAG